CAUUUCAAGCGAAACUUUGCUGGACCGCUGGAAAAGACUUGCCUAUUCCCAACUACAUUUCGCUAGGAUGGAUGUUGAUUAUGCUGCCAACGAUGACAAUGCAUUGACAGAUUUGACUCUUUCGAAGUAUCGUCUUGCGGGAUCCUUCGUCAGCAAGGCCCUUCAGAAAAUUGUGCCGAUGUGUGUAGUUGGUGCAUCAACAAAAGCGAUUUGUGAAGCAGGAGAUGAGUUUCUAACCGAAUGCGCAGCUACGGUGUACAAAUCGUCAAAAUACGAAAAGGGAAUUGCAGAACCUACAUCUAUUUCCGUCAAUAACUGUGCUCGUGGAUAUUCUCCUGCCGUUAAUGCUGAGGUUGACGACAGUUAUGUUUUGCAAAUUGGCGAUGUCGUGAAAAUUGCUAUGGCUUUUCACAUUGAUGGCUAUACUGCGUCUCUCGCACAUACCAUCGUCAUUACACCCCAACCUACACCUGGUAUGGGACCCUAUAUUGGUCCCGGAGCCGACGCUAUUUGUGCUGCUCACUUUGCUGCUGACGGUGUUACCAAAUUAUUGGGUUCGGCAAACGCAGCCAACCCUAUUACCCCGAGUCGUAUUCGCGCUAUCGUUGAAGAGGCUGCAGCUCAGUUCCACGUUCACGUUUGCCCCGGCUCUCGCGUUCGUCGCAUUAAAAGAUUUCUUGUUGGCCAAACUAACGUGGAAGACUAUGUUGCUGAUGGUGCAGACUUGAAACACUCUGUUGAAUGGCCUAAGCCCGAGGAAGAGGAGUUGAAGGAAAAACAACAGGCCGCGAAGGGUGACGAUGAUCUUGCUGGACUUGAGAACACUGAUGAGUGGUCAGUAAUGCCUCAAGAAGCUUGGUUAAUUGACAUUUCCAUGUCAUCGAAGCCUAUCAACAGACUGAAGGAGCACCCCGACUUGAAACCCACCGUAUUUGUUCACGAUGUUAAUGUUUCCUACAUGCUCAAGUUGAAGACUGCUCGUGCUCUCCUGGCUGAAAUUCAAGCCACGAAGUCUGUGUAUCCUUUCCACACACGUACCUUGACGACAGAGGGCAGUCAUCUUGGUAUCCGUGAACUUGUCAACCGUCACAUCCUUGUUCCUCAUCCUGUUUUGGUUGCAUCCCCUUCAACCAUCAUUGCUCGUGAGGAGACUACGGUUCUGGUUCAACCCAACAUGAGCACUGAUAUUCUACGCUUGGCAGUUCCUACUGCUCCAAGUUACGUGAAAAGUGAGUUCUCCUUGGAACCCGGCAGUGACAUUGAGGUGUUCUGCAAUGGUGUUCGAGAGACCAUAAAAAAUGUCAGUUUUUAAUUGACUCGGGAAAAGGGCUUAUAAAGAGGUUCAAUUUUUUUGGGAUUUUGUUAUUUUUGCUGUGUAUGGUUUCAUUUCGUUUAUUUUAUUCAAUUUUGUUUGGAUGUCCAUCUUUUUUUUUAAACUGCAAAUAUGGGCCGACAGUACAAGAAUGAUUAAGUUGUGCUUGUAUUCACUCAUUAUAUGAAACAUGCUUUCAUAAUAAGGUACAUCCAUAAAGAUAAAACCCAGUAGGGCACGAUUUGCUCCUACCAAGAACCUACUUCAAUGCCUCAGGGUGGGCCUUGAUGUAGUCAAUGAGUUGUUUGAUGCUAAUGAUCUUGAUCCCCCACUGCUUGGAGAACUUGACGCAUUCCUCUGUGCGAGCCAUGAGACCGUCGUCCUCUCGAACGAUUUCGCAAAUUGCGGCGACAGGCUCUAGACCCGCAAGUCGACAGAGAUCAACAGAGGCCUCUGUGUGACCGUCACGAGCCAAAACACCUCCAGUACGAGCACGCAGAGGCACAACGUGUCCAGGCUUGUUGAAGGCUGAGGGCGAUGUCACAGAUGGAUUAGCCAACUGACGAGUUGUCAAGGCACGAUCAUGGGCAGAAAUACCGGUGGUGGUUCCAUCUGCAUAAUCGCACGUUACUGCGUAAGCAGUGCGCAUGCGUUCUUCAUUUUGUUUGCACAUCAUGGGGAUACCAAGCUGAUCCAAACGUUCCCCUGUCAUGGGCACACAGACAUAGCCGCUAAAGGAAAAGGGCGUUAGCUUCGGUCAUAUAAAGUGAUAUUGCCAACAUUUUCAGUGGAAUAACUCAUGCUUGCACUUUUCUUCGUACCUUGAAUGUUUGACCAAGAAUGCCAUUUUCUCUGUGGUCACAGCGGAUGCUGCAAUAAUGAGGUCUCCCUCGUUUUCACGAGACUCAUCGUCCAUGACGAUCAAAAACUUUCCGUUUUCUGUUGUGUGAGCACAUUAAAAUAGCCGUGAGUUUGUUACAGGAACAUGAUAUCGCUGGUAUGAAGAAAGUGUAACAUGUAAUCUUUAUUGCACUUAUUCAAAUACCAGUUAUUACUCCUCAUGGAACAACGAAACAAAUGACGUACUGAAGUCUUCAAUUGCGCUUUCAAUAGAAUCAAACAUAUUUCGUUACUUGUGAAGGGAAAAAUUGUCGGACCAAGUUUUUACUUAUAGCUGAGCUGAGUAAGCCGCUGGUCGUGCAGUCUUUUGCUGAUGAAACCACCUUAUGGUGUAUGUGUUGAGGUGAUUCGCCAGUACAUAUUCCACCAAAAGGUCAUCUGCGAUUUUAUCAACUUGUGGUGUUGGGUCUUCCGUGUGGCAGGAGAGGUGAGCGAUAGUAGUUAGAGGAAUAUGAAGAAAGUAAGCAGUAGAGCGAGGUAGCUUCCGUAAUCAAAAAUAUUGCGAACCCAUUUAUGCGUACCUCAUUCUCACAAGAGGAUAUGUUUUUUUUAGUUUUUAUGUGCUCUUUAGUCGGAAUUCCAACCUAUCUACCGCUUGUUCCUAACACCGGAUUUUGCUAGACUGAAAUAACAAACUUUAGAUAUACAUUAGAGAAACCGUCUAACCAAGCUCCGUUGCAACCAGGAGUAAUUAACAGUGAUUGAUUAAAGCCUCUCAAAGCUGCGGCAGGCCGAUCGCAGUACAAAAACACCCAGUUUCAGUUGACGACAAGAUGCUUUCUGUGCCAGUAUCACUUUAAGACAUCUGACCGGGCAAGAAUUCGAAACCUCGAGUUUCGAAAGUGAAUUUUUCUUCUUUCUCCAAACACAUAAAGAAGUCCAUAGAUUGAUCAAACAUCCAUUUGGUUCCAUACAGCCUGCAUUAUUUUUCAUACAGCAUGCUCUAUCGUUCGUGCACGCUGCUUAGCAUUUGCUAAGAAAGCAAAAAAAAAAACGAAAAAAUAGAAUAAGGGUAUUCAACUUUUACAACACACAAUCCCAAAAACACUACAGGCCGUUAUGCUUCAUGGUAGAAAGAGUAGUAGUCGAGGGGGUAUGAGAAGAAGAGGUAUUGACAACAUCGGAUUCUUCCGAUGCGGUUUGGGUAUUCCGUUGAUACAAAUGAUAAGUAUCGUCAAGCUCAGCAUCCUCAGAUGUCACUUUUUCAUCUUCAUUGUUGACAUUCAUCAACUCCGGUUGUACAUCGGGCUGCACAGAAUUAUCCUUCUUUAAGCUUUCAUCACUUAUUUCCUCAGGUGCACUCAACACCUCAACAUCAUGUGUGUGCUUUGGUUUGUGCUUCGCAAGAAUGGAGCUGCGUGUAUUUGUCCGCUCUUUAAACAAUUCCCUAAUCGUGUCAGCGACAACAACAGUAAACCGGGAAUCGUAAUUGCGCUGUUCCUUUUUCAAUUUGGCGACUUGGUCAUUAAGAAGAGUUGUUUUAAUCGAAGACAAGCGCUCAAGUGUGUGAUUUAACAAUGCACGAACCGUGUGUUGCUGUGUUUCACUAUCAAAAACAGCGUUAACGAAUGAGUCCUUCCACAUUUGUUCGACCUUGAUGCUUGUUUUGUUGACAAGAGCAUCAAUAGUGCCUUCCAACUCGGCAAAACAGCGAGUCAGAUCCUUACGGAAAGACGCGCUUUGAUUAUGGAUUUCCAUAAUUUGAUUGUUGACAAGAGCGUUCAAUGACUCAAGUACUACUUCAACGUCAAUCUCAUUAUCAUCACCAGACUCGAGGGUAUGGCAAUGUUGUAUGAGUUUGUUGGCUGCUUCCUUGCUUCUGUCAAAUGCAGAGAAAUAAUGUUUGUGAAGAUUUUCGAAUUUCGUUUGGAUGCCUGUCAAAAGAACAGACAGAGUCUGCUGGAGAUCAGUUUCCAAAGAAACAAAAUUAACUGUAAGGUCACCAAUAAGCUCAUUCACACGAGAGGCGGCAGGCGAGGAAGUAGUUGUGGAGUAGAUGACGGUAGACACUGUCUCAGAAUACGACAUAGAAUUAAUUGAUUUUACCGAGAG